AUGUUUGUGUUCGUCUCCACUGCCACAAAGAAGGCCAAAGACAAAUUCCGUACAAGGGCUACAGUUUCCGACUGGGGUGAUCAGUGCAUUGUGCCCGCAUUGCCGCCAUGCGCACCCAACGCGGAGGUCCUCCGGGAGGGCACGGACGUGACCCUCGUCGGCUGGGGCAACCAGGUGCAUCGCUUAAUGCAGACAGCAGACUUGGCGGCUCAGGAGGGCUUGAGCUGUGAGGUGAUUGACCUACAGUCUAUCAUGCCUUGGGACGAGGAAGCGAUCCUCGCCUCGGUGGAGAAGACCGGUCGAUGUGUCGUGGCCCACGAAGCGCCGAAGACGAGCGGCUUCGGAGCGGAGCUGGCGGCCACGGUGCAGGAGAAGUGUUUCCUGAAGCUGGAGGCCCCAGUCCAACGCGUCUGUGGCUGGGACACGCCCUUUCCGCUGGCCUUUGAAGAGUUCUACCUGCCCACGCCGCUGAGGGUCCUGGAUGCCGUGAAGAAGGUGACAGCCUUCUGA